AUGGAUUCCAAAACACUUUCCACUAGCCUUGCCCUGUUUGCGGUGACUGCAGUAUUGAUGGUUGGCCUUGUCAAGGCAGCCAAGAAAGAGAAGUCCUCGUCGUCGAAACCUGAACUUGCGAAACCAGCUCCCUUGACGACGAAGGUUUUCCCAACCAAAGACAAAGUUUCCAAGGCUCUCUGCGAGUAUGUUGCGGCUGCCGCCAACAAGGCCAUUGCCGAACGUGGCGUCUUUCAUUUGGCAGUUGCGGGUGGUUCCUUGCUCGACGCAUUGGCAGGCCUCAACGACCAAAAGGUUGAUUACUCGAAGGUUGUCUUGUCGUUUGUCAAUCACAAGUGCGUGGCACUGGACGAUGAAAAGAAGGCCACCAUUGCCAAGUGCAAAACCAAAUUUGCCAAUGAGGCAGGAAUAACUCGAUUUGUAUGCCCCAAUCCGUCUCCAGUGGAAGGCACCGAUGGAUCCGCGGAUGCAGCAUUCUAUGCCAAUGCAUUAAAAGAAGCCAAUAUCCCAACCUCAAGCAAUGGGUGUCCAAUUUUUGAUUUGGUCCUCUUGGGAUUAGGAUCCGACGGACACGUUGGAUCGAAUCACCCCAUGGGACCUGCUGUUCUCAACACAACCAACGCUGUUGCAGGAUCACCCAAGGAAGGAGAACCAAGUUCGAUCACGUUGACUAUCGAGUCUAUCAAUGCAGCACGAGACGUGGCUGUGGUGGUUUGUGGCGGUAGCAAGGGCAAGAAAGAAGCGGUCAAGCGGGCCAUGGUUCGUCCGGCCGAAGAGCCGCGGGGAACAUUUCCAGCACAGUUGCUGCAGUCGCCAACCUACUUCUUGGACUCGGAAGCAGCAUCAGACCUCUAA